AUGACGGACAUCCUCAUCGCCAAGGCUCAGACUGCCGCUGAGGAGGAGAAGGCCAUGCCUUGGAAGCAAGCUGUCAGGACAUUCUGGCGAGGUGGCCUAUUCUCAAUGGGAUUAAGCGUGGCCUUGAUCAUGGAGGGCUACGACAUUGGUCUGCUCAAGGCAUUCUACGGUCACCCUGCCUUCCUUGAGAGUUUCGGCUCCAUCGGGCCAAACGGCAAACUGCUCAUCACCGCUGAUUGGCAAGCUGGGCUCAGUAACGCCGUCAGUGCUGGUCAGGUCUGCGGUCUGCUGCUCAACGGCUGGGCUUCAUACACAUUCGGAUACAGAAGGACCUACAUCUGCGCCAUGACCGCCAUGAUCGCCACUAUCUUCAUUCCGGUAUUCGCUGUGAACCUACCGAUGCUCCUCGCUGGCAAUUUUAUCAAUGGUAUACCUUGGGGUGUUUUCCAGACUCUCACGACUGCCUACGCGGCCGAGAUCUGCCCCAUGGCCCUUCGUGCCCAUCUUACCUCCUUCGUAAAUAUCUGCUGGGCUAGUGGCCUGUUCAUUGCCGCCGCUGUCGUGCGGGGUACCAUCAGCAUCCCCUCUCAAUGGGGUUGGCGCGUACCUUAUAUCCUCCAGUGGCUUUGGCCUGUGCCCCUUCUUGUCGUUGCCUGGUUCGCCCCAGAGAGUCCGUGGUGGCUUGCCCGCAACGGUAGACGCGAGGAAGCCCGCAAAUCCAUCAUCCGCACCGCGCCACCCGGCUACUUUAGCUCCGAGGAUGUCGACGCUCGCAUGGCCCUCAUGGAUCACACUUUCCAGAUCGAGCUUGAGGAGACCAAGAAGGCCAGCUUAUUCAACUGUUUCAAAGGUACCAACUUCCGGAGGCUGGAGAUCUGCUGUGUCGUGUGGUCUGUCCAAUACUGGUGUGGUCAGCCUAUGACAGGCUACUCAAGCUACUUCCUCCAAAAUGCUGGUCUUUCUACCGAUACCGCCUUCAGCUUGAACCUCGGCAACUACUCUCUCUUGAUCUUCGGCACAUUGGUUGUCUGGUCUUACGUAUACAAGAUCGGUCGUCGCCGCAUCUACCUCGUCGGUCAAGCCCUCAUGGCCCUCGAGCUCGGUAUCAUCGGUAUCCUCGGCUGCAUCCCUCAGAGCUCGUCCGUCUCCUACGGUAUCGGUGCCCUCAUGCUCCUCCUCAACCUCACAUUCGCCUGCACCGUCGGCCCCGUCUGCUACACCAUCGUCGCAGAAUUGCCGUCCGCCGAGGUCCGCGCCCAAACCAUCGUUCUCGCCCGCGCCUCCUAUGUCAUCUCCGGCAUCAUCAACGCCCAGAUCACGCCGAGGAUGCUGAGUUUGGAGCAGUGGAAUUGGGGAUCUAAGUGCGGCUUCUUCUUCCUAGGGACGAACAUCCUAUCCUUCACCUACUGCUACUUCCGCCUCCCCGAGUCCCGCGGUCGGUCUUACGGAGAACUCGACGUUUUGUUCCUCAACAAGGUCCCCGCGCGCAAGUUCAAGACUACCAAGGUGGAGGAGUUCGAGGCGCAUGAUGCCGAGCCUCUGGAGACUGCGUAUGUUGACCAGAAGCUCGAGACGGAGCAUGUUGAGAGGCGGAACCAGGAGAGAAAGGGAUAG